AAUGUCAGUAUACUAAUUGCAGUCAACUUGAAUUUAUUUCCAACAUUUAAUUAACUCUAUUAAGAAUUAAUCAAAAUGAAAUUCCUCGCUGUUAUCGCUGUUGCCCUUUGCUUGGCUGUUUGCUUUGUAUCGCAAUCUUCGGCAUUGCCAGCAGGAUCUCCUGAAGAUGGUCAAUUCAUUGAUGGUUUGGAUGCUAUUGCAGCAAUUGAACCCGAGUUACAUGGUCGUUACAAGAGAGCUACAUGUGAUUUGUUGAGCGCCACUGGAUAUAGUGGUACAGCUUGUGCAGCUCACUGUUUGUUGCUUGGACAUCGUGGCGGUUAUUGCAACAAUAAAUCUGUGUGCGUUUGUCGCAAUUAAAUUAUUCUCUAAUUUAUCUAAAAUAAUUGGAUCUAAUUUAAUAAAAUGGGUAUAUAAAAAAUAA